AUGCUUUUAUAUAAGUUUUAUUUUUUAUACUUUUUACUCGUACAUUUGUCGUUAUGCAUACGUUAUAGAAAUCGAAAUAAAACAGAUUCUUAUUUAAAAACAAAUUAUAAAUUAUUAAAAAAGAGGAAAAAAUAUGAAAACCGUAAAAAUAAAUUUGCAAACAACAGAAAGGGAAAUAAUAACAAAAUAUAUGAUGGUAUAAAUAAUAAUAAUAAUAAUAAUAUAUAUAAUGAUACACAUAAAAACAGAAUAUUUUUUAGGAAUGAGAAAAAGAAUGAACAUGUUUUCACGAGCAAUAAAUAUUUCUAUAAUGAAAAAAGAAAUAAGAUCCAAUUAAAUAGUGCUACUAGCACUUUUGUUUCGAAAUAUUAUAAAAUAAAUAUCAAUGAUGUUUAUAAUUAUUUACAUAGAAAAAAAUAUGAAUUUAUAGAAACAGAUAUUAAGAUAACGUUAAAGUAUUGUCCAUUUUGUCCUCCACAUAAAUAUAAAUAUGACAAUAUGUAUAAACAUGAAAUAUUUAAAAACACAGGAAAUAGUUAUUGUCAUAGAUGUGGAUAUAAAGGAAGCUUCUAUGAUUUCAAAUUGAAAAUGGGAGAUCUAGUAACUAGUAAUUUUGAGAGUAACGUAGUACAUAAUAAUAAUGUUUAUGAAGAAGAAGAAAAAAUAACAUUAAAUGAUGUAAAGGUUUAUAAUAUGAAUUUAUUAUAUUCAAAAGAAGCUGAAAACGCAAGGAAUUAUUUAAUCAAUGUAAGGAAAUUAAGCAUUGAUACUUUAAAAAAGUUUUUAAUAGGUUUUUCGGUUAUGGAAUUUCAAUCUUUUGAAAAUUCUGGUAAAUUUGAAAAACACGAAUGUAUUAUAUUUCCAUUUAUAAAAAAAGUAGAUGAACUAAAUACAAUAGAAAUGAACACAAAAAACAACCACAUCAACAAUAUAAACAAUAUAAACAAUAAUAAUAAUAUAAAAGAUAAUUAUGAAGUCGUACGAAUAAAAAUAAGAAGUUUAAAGGAUAAAGGUUAUAUGAGAUUAUAUCCUAAAAAUGUUAGAGAUGAAAUGAAAUUAUUUUUUUUUGGUGAUCAUUUAAUUAAAGAUUCAGAAGAAAUAGUUUUGACAGAAGGAGAAAUUGAUGCUAUGACAAUAAGUCAAGAAACAAAAUAUCCAGCUAUAUCUUUACCAAAUGGAUCAAAAUCAUUACCUAUAUAUUUAUUACCAUAUUUAGAAAGAUUUAAAAAAAUACAUUUAUGGCUUGAUUUUGAUAAAGCUGGAAAAUCGAGUGUCUUCAAUUUUGUUAAUAAAAUUGGAUUAGGAAGAACCAAUGUAAUUACUGACGCCAAUGUCCAUUAUUUAAAUCCAGAUGUUUUUAAGAGGAGACAAAAAUCUAGAUUAACCAAAAAGAGUCUUCUCCUUACAUCCUUGGCUUCUAAUGCUAUGGAAAUAAUUCAAAAAGAUAAAGAACAAGCAAUGCAUAAUAUAUAUGAGACUAACAAUAAUGACAAUAUGGAUAAUACUAUACUGAAUAAUAAUUUAAAAAGUAUAAGUAAUGAAAAAAAUGAGGAAAAAGAUAAUACAAAAAAUAAUGAAAAUAAAAGUGAUAGUAAUAAUAAUAAUAAUAAUUUGAAACAAGGAAUGGAAAAAAAACAAGUACAAAAUCAAAUAAGUGCAAAUGAAGAUAAUAAUAAAAAAAAUAAUAUAAUAGAAAAUAAUAAUAAUGAUAUGUCACAAAAAAUAGAAGGAGAAAAAUCUAAUCAAGAUAAUAUAUCAUAUUUUAUUGAUAAUAAUAUUAUGUAUAUACCAAAUAAUAUAAUUGUAAAAGAUGCGAAUGAUUGUUUGAAACAUAAUAUUGAUAUAAGAUUUUUUAUAGAAACUAGUGAAAAAGUAAAGCAUAGUCAAAUCUUAAAUUUUAAUGAUUUAAGGCAACGUAUAUUAGAAGAAUUAAAAUAUCCUGAUCGAAUUAAUGGUGUUAAAAGUAAAACGAUUCCAUCUUUAAAUAAAUAUUUAUAUGGAUUAAGAAUGGGGGAAUUAUCUAUAUGGACAGGUUCCACAGGAGUAGGAAAAACUACAUUAUUGUCUCAACUUUCAUUAGAUUAUUGUAUUCAAGGAGUAUCAACUUUAUGGGGAUCAUUUGAAAUAAAUAAUGUAAAAUUAGGAAAGGUCAUGUUAAAUCAAUUUUGUGGUAAAAACCUUGAAAAAAAUAUAGACCUAUUUGAUAUAUAUGCUGAUAAAUUUGAACUCUUACCUCUUAAAUUUUUAAAGUUUCAUGGUAGCACAAAUAUUGAUCAGGUUAUAGAUGCUAUGGAUUAUGCUGUAUAUGCAUAUGAUGUAAAACAUAUAAUUAUUGAUAAUUUACAAUUCAUGUUAAAUAUAAAUAAAUUUUCUGAUAUAUAUGAAUUACAAAAUAUUGCUAUAGAUAAAUUUAGAUCCUUUAGUACUAACAAAAAUGUUCAUAUAACUUUAGUUGUUCAUCCAAGGAAAGAAGAUAACAAUUUAUUAUCUAUAUCAUCCGUUUUUGGUAGUGUAAAAUCAACUCAAGAAGCAGAUAAUGUGUUUAUUAUUCAAAGACAUGUAUCAAAAACAAAUGAAACUGUUUUUUUUAUAGAUAUUAAAAAAAAUAGAUUUAAAGGAAGUUUAGGCAAAAUACCUUACUUAUAUAAUAAAGAAAAUAUGACUAUAAAAGAAAUAUCCAUAAAUAAUUUUAAUGAAAAUAUUGUUUCAAAUACUUAUUUACCAUCAAAUAAAUUUUCUUCAUCACCGUUACAACCUAAUAUCAUUAAAAAUAAUACUUCUAAUAAUAAUAAUUUUAUUCAAAAUGAUAAUUUAAAUUUCACGUUGUGUGAUGAAUAUGAUUAUAUGAAACAGCUAGCUGAUGAAUAUGAAUCAAAGCAUGCUUUUAAAAAAGGUUAUAAAUCUAAAUUAGAUCCUAGUUUAAGGGUGAAGGAUGCAGACAUGAUAAAAACAGAAAUAAUUGAUAAUAACAAUAAAAAUGUUACUCUCUAUGUGGAUAGUUCAGAAAAUAUAAAAACAAUAUCGACUGAAGAUAAACCUAAUGAUAUUAAAAGAGAUGUAAAUGAAAUAAAAAAGAGUAUGAACAAUGAACAUAUUAAAAUUAAUACAUUGAAAAUUGAUGGAAAUAAAUCAUUAGGUUGUACGCAAAACUUAAAUUACAAAAAUGGCAAAAAUGAUAUUAAUAAUAAUAAUAAUAAUAAUAUGAAUAAUCAAGGAAUGGAAAAUAAUAAUAUAGAUGAUAAAUCAUCAAGAGGAAAUAAUAAGAAUAUAAACAGCAAUUCAAACGAAAAAAAUAAUAAUAAUAAUAAUAAUAAAAGUAAUAGUAGUAGCAGCAGUAGUAGUAGUAAUAAUUAUAAUAAUAAUGACGGGAUUAAAAAUAUAUUAAACAGUUCAUCACAAAAUAACCCUCCUUUUAAAGAUACAAUUCCUUCAUAUACACUAACUAAUGAAGGAUUAAUAAAAUUAUGUGAAGAAUUAAGAGACGAAGAAGCAGAAAAACUCAAAAAUAGGGUUGUCGUACUUUCAAUGAGAAAUUGUAUAAUUGAUAAUAAUUCUUCUAUAAAAGAUAUAAGAACAUUUAUAAAAACAAAUAAAUUAAAUAUAAAAACUGCAGGAAAAAAUUUAAAAAAAAUGGAUAUAUUUAUUAGUAUUUUACAAAAUAUACCAAAGGAAUAUAUUACAAUUAAAAGUGGAGAGAAAUGUGGAUCAAAUAAAGGACAAACAAAUGAUAAAUCAAAAAACAAACUAAAGGAUACACAUAAUAGUAAUAAUAUGGUGGAAUAUAAUAAAGUUGGAUCUAACAUUUAUGAUGGACAAAAUACAUCAUGUAUGAAUACUAACAAUAUAUAUACUGAAAAACAAAAUAAUAAUAUGAAUAAGGACCCUCAGAUAUUAUUAUCAAAUGAUAGAAUUGAUUCAAAUUAUGAUGGUUCUAAUAAUAUUAAUUAUUCAAUGCAUAAAAAUGGAAACGAAGGUAAUGUAAAUGAUUAUUUAAAUAGAAAUUAUGAAAAUAAUGUAGAUAAUCAUAAUAAUGAUGAAAUUACAAAGAAAUAUAUAAAGGAUAAUAUCAUAAAUGUAGAUGAUAAUAUAAUUAAAAAAAAAGAAAUAUUCAAAUUAAAAAAUGAAAAUAAUGAAAUGACAGAUUACACAUUUGAAUAUUUUGAAUCUAAGAAAAAAUUUGACGAUGAUAUAGAAUCUAGAUUUUUUAUUAUAAAUGAUAAUAAUUAUAAUGAAAAUAUAAAUUUGAUAUAUAAAGAUAUAAAAUAUUGUGGAUUAGAUAUUGAAACAACAGGUCUAGAAGUGUUCGAUGAAAAUAUAAGAUUAAUUCAAAUAGCUGUAGAAAAUUAUCCAGUAAUCAUUUAUGAUAUGUUUAAUAUAAACAAAAAACAUAUAUUAGAUGGAUUAAGAAAAGUAUUAGAAAAUAAAAAUAUAAUAAAAAUAAUACAAAAUGGAAAAUUUGAUGCAAAAUUUUUACUUCAUAAUAAUUUCAAAAUAGAGAAUAUUUUUGAUACAUAUAUAGCUAGUAAAUUAUUAGAUAAAAAUAAGAAUAUGUAUGGUUUUAAAUUAAAUAAUAUAGUUGAGAAAUAUUUAAAUGUAAUAUUAGAUAAACAGCAACAAAAUAGUGUAUGGAAUAAUUCCUUGUUAAAUAAUAAUCAAUUAUUUUACGCUGCUCGUGAUUCAAGUUGUUUAUUAAAAUUAUAUAAAAAAUUAAAAGAAGAAAUAAGAAAAGAAAAUUUGCAUAUAGUGAAUGAUAUUGAAAAUAAAUGUAUCCUACCUAUAUGUGAUAUGGAAUUAAAUGGUAUUAAAGUUGAUUUAGAAAAUUUACAAAAAAGUACAAAUGAGAUAUUAAAUGAAUUAAAUAUUGAGAAAGAUAAUUUAAAAAAAAAAUUAAAAGACGAAGAAAUAAAUGUAAAUUCUCAACAACAAGUAUUGAAAGCUUUGCAAAAAAAUAAUGUUCGUGAUAUUUCUAAUAAAUUAAUAGAAAAUACAUCAGAUGCCAAUUUAAAAAAUUUCUUAAAUCAUGAAGAAAUUAUAAGUCUACGUAAUUAUAGAAGAUUAUAUAAAUUAUAUUCAGCAUUUUAUUUAAAAUUACCAUUACAUAUUAAUACGAAAACAAAUAAAAUACAUACUACCUUUAAUCAAUUAAAAACAUUUUCAGGAAGAUUUAGUAGUGAAAAACCAAAUUUACAACAGAUACCUAGACAAAAAAAUAUAAGAGAAAUAUUCAUACCAAAUGAUAAUAAUAUCUUUAUUAUAGCUGACUUUAAACAAAUCGAGCUUAAAAUUGCAGCUGAAAUUACAAAUGAUGAAAUUAUGCUUAAAGCAUAUAAUAAUAAUAUAGAUUUACAUACAUUAACAGCUAGUAUUAUAACUAAAAAAAGUAUAUCUGAUAUUAAUAAAGACGAUAGACAUAUAGCAAAAGCUAUUAAUUUUGGUCUUAUAUAUGGUAUGAAUUAUGUUAACUUAAAAAAUUAUGCAAAUACAUAUUAUGGUUUAAAUAUGACUUUAGAUCAAUGUCUUUAUUUUUAUAAUUCCUUUUUUGAACAUUACAAGGGAAUCUAUAAAUGGCACAAUCAAGUAAAACAAAAAAGAGCUUUACAAUAUUCUACACUUUCAAAUAGAAAAGUUAUAUUCCCAUAUUUUUCUUUUACUAAAGCUCUUAAUUAUCCUGUACAAGGUACAUGUGCAGAUAUUUUAAAAUUAGCUCUAGUAGAUUUAUAUGACAACUUAAAGGAUAUUAAUGGAAAAAUUAUCUUAUGUGUGCAUGAUGAAAUUAUAAUCGAAGUGGAUAAAAAAUUUCAAGAAGAAGCUCUUAAAAUUUUAGUACAAUCUAUGGAAAAUUCAGCCUCCUACUUUUUGAAAAAAGUUAAAUGUGAAGUCUCUGUAAAAAUAGCUGAAAAUUGGGGAUCAAAGGAUUAA